CGCCCACUUCUAUAAUUUUAUGUAUUAAGAAAACUGCGCAAAAGAAGCUCGCGUUGUGCCGAAUGUAGUGUAGCUUUCUGGUCACGCAGUUUUCAGCCGAGUGGAAGAAAGAAAAAGAAGAAUCUUGUCUUCGAUUAUUUGGGGCGUUUUUGUCCUGAGAAGCCUGAGAUAAGAAUGGGAGCCGGUGAAAGCGCGACCAGAAAAGUGUCAUUCGGUCUCGAUGAGACGGACCGGGUCCAGGUUCUUCAUGGAGUUAAGCUUUCAAAUGAGGUUCUCCAGAGAAUGCGAGAGUCUACCCGUGGGGUCGAUUUCAGACCCCCCUCCCCAGAAAGCUCUAAGGAGAAGCCUGGGCCACCCCCAGCUGCUGCAGGAUCAGGACCUGGUCCUGCUUCAGCUGAGACGCAGGAGGAACUGCAGAGAAGGGUUCAGCGUGAACAAUCCAUCAUGCAAGAGGAGCUGGUGCGUGUGGCAGGGCAGGAGAGGGAGGCUGCGAGGAAGGAGCUCAGCAUGGCCUUGCAUAGGGAGAGGGCUAUGACCCGCGGGGAGGCAGGGAAGGCCCAAAGCCUGGCCAAGCAGCUGGAGAAGAAGGAGGCUGAGUUGAAGCUGCUGGAUGCCUUCUACAAGGAGCAGCUGGCACAACUGCCGAAGAAGAGCCUGGAUCACUACAAGUCGACCAACCAGAAGUUCCAGGAAGCUGCAGCCAGAGCAGAGACUCGCAUGAGGCCCCGCAGAACAGAGCCCGUCUGUACUGGCCUGCAGGACAAGAUCCUCCACUGCUACCGUGAGAACCAGGGCCAGGCGCUGGGCUGUUCGGACCUGGCCAGGGAGUACAUGCAGUGUGUCAACGCCGUCAAGAAGGAGCUGCUGGUGACUCGUGGGUGAAGAGGAGCACGCCAACCACAGCCUACGCAGCCCGGCCCCGUUGUCUCUGGUGGAGAAGUUUCUGCCUCUGGGGCUGCCUCUGCCUGCGAAGGACCCCUCACCGUCGAGAGACUUUAUCUCUGCUGCUUUUUAACCUUACGGUCUUCAGUUCUUUUUAAAGUUGCACUACAGUGGAGAUUCUUCCCCGUAAAACAAAUCACUUCAAAGCCAAAGUGAGAGCAUGAAAAGUGAAUGAAAGGUUUUAUUGUCAUUUGAGACCUGAUUUUAAUAAUUGACUCAGGAAUGCCUCACCAGUGUAUCAGACUCAUUAAACCACGACCUCAUGUGGACUAAGUUCUUUGAUGGAAGUGCGGGCUGUGUGAUUGUCUGCUGUUAAUCGAUGUGGGAGAAGAUUUCACAAAAUGUCAUUUUCCCAGUCAAGACUCCAACACCCACAAAGUGUGUGAACCAUUGUUUCUGACGUCAAGGUCAGGGGGUUUUCAGGGGGCGUACAUUUAGAGGAUGGAAAGCAAUGUAGGGUGUAAACAGAACAUGAAAAAUGUCACAUUGGUUUGCGUCUUAGGUAAGGUAGUACAGUUUGAUGAUGGAAGAGGACUCGGAUAAAUGGCUGCAGUAAUCGAGAAAAGCCAGCUCAUACUCAUACUGCCACAACACCAAAAUCCAUGGAUAUUAAUGGCGUAGAUUUGGGUAUGGACGGUAGAGACGUGCCCCAAAGGCACAUGUCAGGAGACUUCUCAUAGUAACAUAAUUUUUGUAGAGUUUUGUAAGAGUUAGGGGGGCAAGAGGUGCAGGGCUGAUUUGGUCCCUACCAAUGUUGAAGCAAAACAUACGCCCUUGGUGCAUAUGCUCACAAAUUGACACAUACUGACAAGCAGUCUUGGCAAGGUUACUUUUGAAAUGUAAUAGGUUACAGAUUACUAGUUACCCUGUUGAAAGUGUAAUAAGUACUGUAACUAUCUUGAUUAUUUCAUCGAAGUAAUGUUACUUAUUAGAUUUGAUUACUUUUUGAUUACUUUUCAAGCAAACGUUUUAAACUGGGCAAUAAAGCUGAAGUCCCAA